GCGUAACGUAGAAAGUCAGUCCGACGGCGACGCCGCACCAGACGUACGCGUGAGGACGCGCCUUUUCGUAUCACCGCAAUCAAACGUCCCUCGCGAUCGAAUUCGUGCAUCCCGACCAAGAAAAUUUCUAACAUAAACUCGUGCGAAUAAUUGUUGAAGAAUAUAAAAGAGAAAAAAGAAAUAGAAUAUUUCACAUCUUGAGGAAAACACGAAAGACGCUCCUUUUUUUUUUGAAUCCUGGAUCUCGCAAUCGUUCGUGAUCCAACGGGACAAACUUGAGAUCUUCUUCUGCGGGAAGAGAGAAGAAGAUUGAGGAGAUAUUGAAAGAGAAAUAAAUUCAAAGUCGGUGCACCAUAAAGUGCCUUUUUUCCUUCUGUUUAUUUCGUUUCGGAGGGGCUUCGUUGGUCCCGCCCCUCUGGGCGGCUCCUGGCUCCCGGAAGUAUCCUCGACACGAACUGACGGACUUCUUCUCGCAGUACCAGCUCGGUACCGGUCGGCACAAUGUUUUCCUCCUCGAGGCUUUUCCCGCCGAUUUUCUUCGCCGCGCUCUUCGUCUGCAUCGGGGUCGCACACGGUAUCAGAUGUUACCAAUGCGGACAGUACAACGAGGGAGUCGGCAGCAUCACGCCGUGCAUCAAUUACACCGCUCACAUGCAUCUGAAGGAAUGUCCAUCGUCGGUCGAGUGGUGCAUCAAAUACGUCAGCGAGGGCUCGACGGUGCGUGACUGCGUCCCAACGUGCGUCGAAAAGGAGGCCUGGAGCACGAGGACGUACUGUUGCCAGCAAGAUGGCUGCAAUUCGGCACCUUCGUUCUCCAGCAGCUCCAUCGUGAUGCUGGCUGCGUCGAUGGUACUGCUGGUGGUCGGACGAACCCUUCGUGGCUAAUACGUCGCUAGAGGCGACGAGGAACCGCAAACGGAAGCACCGGGAUCCAUCUAACGCGAACAACAAGGUCGGAGGAACGUUGCAUCGCGCGUUUACCAUUGAAUCUGGCCAUUUUGUUGCUGACUGGAUGCUGACCUGUCGAUAGCUGUCGUUGAUCAAUCGCUAAAAUUAAUUUCCAAUCACAUUUAUAGCACUCAUUUUUUCCAUGUUAUUAUUUGUAAAGAAUCUCAAUGGACGGGAGUUUUGAUCAUUAAAGAUUAAUAUGAAAUUUUAAUUUUUCUUUUCAUUUUGAUUUUUUCCUUUUCCUUUUAUUUUUUUAUGGCGAACUUUAAAGGGAAAUUUAUUUAGAAAUAAUUCUUUCGAUAUUAAUGAUUUAUUUAUAACGCAAUUGGAAUAAUAAUGGCUUAUUUGAAAAUUGUCUUUCAACAAAGAUUCAAUUUUAACACCACUGAAAUUCUUAAUAAUUCUUAAUGUCAGUUUUGUGUCUAUAGAAUAUUUUCUUACGUACCUUUUUGAUAUGGCUCAUUACUCAUGGGGAGAAUAAUUUUUCAUGGGACCCUUACACAGCCGCAGAUCCACAUCUUUUCGCUGGAAUUUCUUCUAGUCAGCUUUCUGUCCGUCGCGUCGCUGACACUCGCCACUUCAGCGCUCCUCGGAUUCAAUUUAUUUGAGAACUUUCAUUCUUUGACCCCAUAUUUGUCGCUUGCACACCUAUUCGUUUCUCGUUGACCCUUCGUGUAACAGUGAAUAAGUAGACGAGGCGUGAAAAAAAUUUCUUAUAAGUCCUUUCUUGCGGUUACCUUCCAUAUUUUACUUUCCUAUUGAAAAGAUAUCAAUUUGUUAAAAACCUUCGCUCAAGACUAUUUUCCCACUUUUUCAAUGUCCUCUAUUCUUCAACCACCCAGAUUUAUUACAUUCCUACGACAAUUCUUAUUUAUUCUCCAUAUAUUCGUCUUGGGAAACGCAAAAACUCGCCGUCCAUUCGAAUCGAACAAUCAGAGAAAAUAAAAAAAAAAAGAACCCGACCUCUGUCGACGGAUAUCGAUCCCAUGGAGCAAGAUUGGUCAGAAUCAUGAACAAACAGAACAGAACACAAUAAAACAAAAUCGGACCACUCCCAAAAAAAAGCACAAGGAGAAACCAUAAAAGAAACAUUACAAAAGUUUCUCUUAUUGCUUGAAUCGUUCGUGGUCGUGUGUAACAUCUCUCUGAAUCUUACAAUGUUUGUUCGCGAAAUACAGAGAGAAAUUUGCAAAA